AUGGAGGACCUCAAGGACCACGACGGAUUGCACACGCCCAGGAAUGGCCACGUGAUGCAGGUUACGCCGCCGAGGGCUGACGUGGAUGAGAUAUUGCGACGCAAGCGAAAGGCGCGGGAAUACAAGGUACGCACCAGCCUGAAGCGAUGUGGUUUGGUCAGAGGACAUGGCAUGCGAGUAGGGCAGAAGUCGCAGGAGGCGAGACAGAGGGCAAACGGGGUCGAGGCAGAAGGAACAGAAAACAAGGCGACCUCCAUGAUGGCCAAUACCAUGUCAUACGCAAUGUGUGGGGGGAGCAACGGGGAGCCACUUGACACAAAUCAGAGCUGGCGCAUCGAGCCCUACCGCCUCACACAUACACACAUACAGAUCCCCACCGCACCCACAAACUGUGCUGACUGUUUUUUCUUUGCUGCCAUCGAGGCGCAUCCGCCGGCGAAGCGCAUAGCCAUGGGCCUGGGGCAGAAUGGCCAGGACUUCAACAACGGCAUGGUGCACAUACACGGCGGGACCGUCACCUUACCAAGAGAGGACUGGGAGCGCAUUUGUGCCAAACUCCAGCAGGCCGAAAAGUCGCUCGGCGAGCUGAAAAACUCCAUCACCAGUGUGGCAGAGGUGCCACCGCCUGGCAAUGGCUUCUCGCCUCCAGGGACCGGAUCCGGAUCCGGCAACAACACUUCGUUGGCCGCUGUGGCGCCCAUGGAUGGCGAGCAGAGCCAUGUGAGGACACAAGGAAUUCACACGCGCAACGACAUCACCGGCCAAACGAUACACAUUGGGCCCAGCUCGGUGCCUGCGCUGGUCAUGGCCUUGGGCCGUGGCGAUACACAGUGGGCGCCUGGUGUACAAGACCUCUUGGGCAAGAAGAGCAUGCUGCCCAUCUUCGGCCUGGACAACGAGAGUGCCACAUAUCCUUUUGUCGACCUCUGGGGCCUGCCGCACGGCUCGAUACUACGCGCGCAGGAACUUGCAAAUGCGAUACCAAGCGAUUCCGAGUGCCUCAGUUUCUUCCGCAGUUAUCGGGAAACGGCCCAUGUCGUCUAUCCUGCCGUUGCGGAUAUCGAGGGGAUCGAGUCGGAUCUGCUGCUUUUCCUCAUCAACCGUGCCAGUGCUCAGGGUGGAAAUGGCAUCACGGAUCAGCUGAUAUAUGGCAAGGACUUCCACUGGAUAGGCCUGGUCUUCGCCAUUCUCGCAUCUGGAUGUCAAUGCUCGAGUCUAUCGAGACGGGAGAGGGAGCUCACAUCACAGGUUUAUGUCUGCUGCAGCUUCGAAUGCUUGCGGUUCACAAACUUUCUCUCCCAUGCGAACAUUGAAAACAUACAAACACUUCUCAUUCUCGGAAAUGUCAUCUCCAAUAACAUGAACGCCGGCGUGGCAUGGAGUUUGAUGGGUCUGACGGUACGCCUAUCACAAACUCUUGGCUUGCAUCGCGUGUGCCCCGCGUCCACGCCAGUUCAACAAAGAAUUAUACGAAGCAAAGUAUGGUGGGCACUGCUUUGGCAAGACUCCCUCCUUUCCGUAUCCUACGACCGCGCCUCUUCCACCACCACAAUCGACCACACCGUUCCCCUAAGCCAAUAUACCGCUCCUGGCACACGAACCUAUGUUGAAAGCAUGUACCGCCUAUGCAAAGUUGGUCUCGACAUUGUCCGCGAACGCCAACGCCAACAAAGCUCCCACGACGCCCUCCUCCGCAUCACCGAACACCGCAACGAACUCCAAGAGAUUAUGAUUGACGCCGCAGACUACCUCAAAGAUUCUCGCCGCUGCCGUUCUAUGCGCGACCAACUCGAGCACUGGGCACUCUAUCUCCACAUAUCCUACAUCACCUCUGAGCUCUGCCGGCCCGCCAUUAGCCCCACAACCGCUGGCCUCGACCUCUCCAAAACACUGCGCAAGACGUGUAUUGACAGUCUGACAAACACGGUCGAAGCCUUCCUCGGCCUACAGAACAUGACACCCUUUGCCACGCGUUCAUGGGCCGCCGUCCACCGCUCCCUCUCAUCCGCCCUCCUCCUUGGCAUUCUUGGCGAACACAAUCGCAACGAGCGUGCGCGCGGGCUCCUGCAAAAUGUCAUCCAAGUCCUAACCGACGUCACAAAGGACGUUGACCCCGCCGAGCUCGCAACGCCCAUCACACGCUCCGUCUCGGCGCUCGAGCGUCUCCUCAAAAUCACCAACACAGCGAGACAUGCACGACGCCCGAGUGAGAGUGGAAGCCAAGCGAGCCCCAUAAUGCAUGUCUUCACAGCAGACGACAUCAACAGUGCGUCGAUUAGUGGUGAGGGAAAUCCUCUGUUCAGUACGAGUCCAUUACAAGGCCUGGAUUUGGACAGUAGUCCGUAUGCUCUCAUGGAGAGCAUCGUUUGGGGAGCCACAACGAACAAGGACAGUUGA